AAAGCAGUCAUAUCGCUACAUUUUCUAUGAUUUUUAAAGUUCAAUGCUGAGUGCAUAUUCAAGUCUUACACUUUUAAAUUUUCUUCUACAGACUAAAUGGUUAUAUAGACAAGAGGCCCGGGGGCCUUAUAGGUCACCUGAGUAUCAUGUAACAACCUUCCAAUGUUUGAAUUAGGUUUGUGUUUAAAUAUAAGAAUUUUACUUUUGGAUGGAAGAAACAUUGAAUAGCUAUGUGGUCAUGAAGUACAUGUGUCAUUUUUAUGUUCAAUCAAUAAUCCUUUUUAAAAAACCUAGUCUGAGACAUCAUACAGAAAAGGGUUAUUUACUCCUUAGAUAAAACCAAUAUAAGAAGAUUUUCAAAGAAUUUCUACAUUUUCACUAUAUGACCAAUAGAGCCCCACCCUAACACAAGAACCCCUGCCCCAGGGGCCAUAAAUUUCACAAUUUUGGUAGAGGGCUCAACGCUCAUUAUAAUUAUGCCCACAGUUUGGCUUCUUGAUGUCCAGGAGUAAAGAAGAAAGCUUUUUUUAAAUUACACUCAUUUUGAUGGUUUUUGCCCCACCCCUCAGGCCCCAGGGGGGCAGGGACCACGAAUUUCACUAUUUUUGUUCCCCUCCACCCACAUAUGCUAUAUGCCAAAAUUGGUUGAAAUUGGUUCAGGGGUUUCAGAGAAAAAGCUGAAAAUGUUCAAAUGUUAACGCACGACGAACGACGACGGACAAAAACAGAAGAUUUUCAAAAAAAUAUUGCAUUUUCACUUUAUAAUCAAUCAGCCCCGCCUUUGCACCAGAACCCCUGACCCAGGGGCCAUGAAUUUCACAAUUUUGAAAGAGGCAUCCUUGCUCAUCAUAACCAUGCUAUUGGUUUGUCUACUUAAUACCCAAGGACAGAGAAGAAGAUUUUCAAAGAAAUAAUUCAUUUUCACUAUAUGACUUAUAGAGCCCCACCCUAGCACCAGAACCCCUGAUCCAGGGGUCAUGAAUUUCACAAUUUUUGAAGAGGCAUCCUUGCUCAUCAUUACCAUGCUAUUAGUUUGUCUACUUAAUACCCAGAGACAGAGAAGAAGAUUUUCAAAGAAUUUCUACAUUUUCACUAUAUGACCAAUAGAGCCCCACCCUAACACAAGAACCCCUGCCCCAGGGGCCAUGAAUUUCACAAUUUUGGUAGAGGGCUCAACGCUCAUUAUAAUUAUGCCCACAGUUUGGCUUCUUGAUGUCCAGGAGUAAAGAAGAAGAUUUUUUAAAAUUACACUCAUUUUGAUGGUUUUUGCCCCACCCCUCAGGCCCCAGGGGGGCAGGGACCACGAAUUUCACUAUUUUUGUUCCCCUCCACCCACAGAUGCUAUAUGCCAAAAUUGGUUGAAAUUGGUUCAGGGGUUUCAGAGAAAAAGCUGAAAAUGUUCAAAUGUUAACGCACGACGACGGACAAAAACAGAUAGCAAUAGGUCACCUGAAUGAUUCAGGUGACCUAAAAAUGGUGUUGUCAGCAAAUUUUGUUACACGCGAAUAUUCCACAAUUACCAUUCAUUUCUCUAACUUUUAAGUAAGAUUAGUGCGGUGGCGUAUAAGGGUCACAAGAAAAUAUAUCUAAUCGUUCGGACAAAUAAAUUCUUCGUUAGGAGGAUGUAGUUCGUUAUUCAGACGAAUGAACGUUUCGUUUGAACGAUUUUUCUCUCUCUCGUUCCAUCGACUAAAUUUUUCAUUCGGACAGAUCAAUUCGUUCUGACAAUUCAGAUUUCAUUCGAACUUAGUGUUUUAAUCUUUCAUCAAGACAAUUCGGUUUUUCGUUCAGACGAAUUUAUUCUUCGUUCAAGCAAAUUAUUUAAUUUUCCGUUUGAAAUUCUUCUUCUUUCGAACAAAUUGGUUAUGUUUUCGUACGUAAUAAGUUUUGCGUUCGGAUAAAUUGAUUCUUUGUUCGAACAUAAGUUUAUGAAGGAACAUUAUUUAUUCAAGUAGAUACUGUAAAUAGUCAAUCAUGAGAAUAGAUCAAAAUAUGUGUGUUUAAAUGAAGCAUCGAAUUUUCAUAAAAAUGAAAAUGAUAUAAAGAAUCGAAUCGAAUCGAAUUUAAUUUGCUCAAUCGAUGAGCUGUCUCGUCCUGACUAUUCUCGAACCGAGUCGGUUCUGUUUUAAAUCUCUCGAGUUUUUCCUUUUUAACUUUCUCCCCUUUCUCUCAAUGUUUAUUUUGAAAUACCUUUAAUUUUUUAUUUUCUUUUGAUUUGGAGACUUUACCUCUUCAAAAGUUUGUUCAAAUAUUUAAAAAAAAAAAAUUUAAAAAAAUCCCACAAGAUCGAAACCAAAAGUUAAUAAUAGUUAUGAAAUAACCUGUAUUCAUUUAUGAAUACUUUAUAAAUCAGAUGAAUUUGUGUGGAUUACUUCAGCGAUGCAGCAAGGUCAUCAGAUUUUAUAUCAUCUCCCCACAAAAUAGAUUUUAAUCAUAUCAAGAGGCAAAUUAAUUAUUUAAACCCCAUGUUGAAUAUUUUCAAUAUGCAUUUGGAAAUUAACAUGUGUUAGAUUUGUCCCUGGAAAAUAAAUUCUGAAUGAUGAAGAGCAUCUUGAUAACAAUGUUCUCUUGAGAAUGAUGACAUGCUAGGUCGUGAGGAAUUCUGAAAAAUAUCAUCAUUAACGAACCUCUACAAUAUGGAAUCCAGUGUAUAAAUUUAUAUUUAAUAUAAGAUAGAUGUAGCCCACCACCGGUUGUUAAACAUUCUUCUAAUAGGUUUUUCAUCUGAUCCAGAGAAAAAGGAUGAAGUUUGUUGCGUUUCUCAGCCAAUACAUCCUCCGCGUGUGAUACAUGUGCUGAUAAGACGCUUCUUGGAAUAUCAUACCAUGCAAUAUCGCUAAGUGGAGCUGAGUAUACUGAAGCAUUGUUUUUUAAAAAAAUGAUUUUCAAAGAAGAUGAGCAUUGCUGGACUUGAUUGAAAAAGCCGAAACUUUGCAAUUAUGAGGCUAAUCCAGACUGUCAUCAUUGUAUUUUUGCAACACCUUUGUUGCCAAGCAAAUAUCAUACCCCAUUCAAACCAUUCCGAAUACAGCCUUUUUGAAAAGCUUUUCCCCGAGGAAAAUGAUUACAACUCUGUCGUGAGGCCGAAGAUCGGAAACAAAGAACCCGUCUUGGUCAAUGUGUCCGUCAACUUAAUUGCCAUUCACUCUCUUAUGGAAACCAGACAGACGCUGCGCUCCACUGUGUGGAUUGACCUUCAGUGGCUAGACCUUAAGCUUGCUUGGAACAAAACUGAAUUCGGAAACAUAAGUUCCAUUAUUGUUCCACAGAAAAAUGUUUGGAUUCCAGACAUCUGUGUGGCGAACGAAGUCUCCGAUAACAAAUGCAGUAUUGGAUCUCGGUUUGGUAAAGUAUUGGUUGAAUAUAGAGGAAUGGUUACAAUAUGGUGGAAUAAAGAAAUUCAAACUAGAUGUGAUCUGGACAUUAGCAUGUAUCCAUUUGAUAACCAGAAGUGUUCGAUUCGAAUCGGAACUCUUUAUUCUGAGGACGAAAAUUUGCUAUUAGGACAAUUGUCAGAAACAGUAGAUUUAAGUAACUACGCGCAUAAUGAAGAAUGGAAAAUAAUACACAGUUUUACUAAAAAGAAAAAAUUGGAGCAUGAAAAAAGUUUCACGGAGAUAGAGUUCACUAUUGUCAUGAAAAGACAACCAUUUUUCCAUAUUUGCAAUACGAUUUUACCUAUCCUCAUGCUGUCUGUUCUUAAUAUGGUCUGUUUCCUUGUUCCAAUAGAGUCCGGUGAAAAAAUAAACAUGACCAUGGCAAUAUUUCUAACUUUUGCCGUUUUGAUGACAAUAAUCAGUGAGACUGUCCCAAAGUCUGGCGAAAAAAUAUUUGUAUUUGGAAUAUGUAUGACAAUGCAUUUACUAAUUAGCGGAAUUACCAUUGUACUAGAAGUCUUUGUAAUUAACAUUUAUCACACACCUGGAAACACAAAAAUGAAUGUCUUGCAUCUAUGGAUGUUGAAAAUUUUGGCCGUUAAGGACGACAUUGCUAAGGAGAUUGAUUCCAUAUUAGAAACGGAAGAAAAGCAAAUGGAUUCUUGGAAGAGGCUGGCGACAGAGCUCGAUAGGGUCUUUGGUUAUACGGUUGCUGUUAUCAAUAGCGUGACAAUAAUUGCCUUCUUUGUAGCUGUAAACACUCAGUAAAUGUUUAACGUUUUCACAAGCAUACGUAAUAAUGCUAGAGUUGCUUUUCGUUGCAUAGUUGACGGAGGUGUUUUUAUUUCCUUUUGUUGUUGUUGUUAUUAUUGUUUUCCUAUUUUCUUUUAUCAAGUUCUUGCAUAUUCAUCAUUCAAUUUUAUGGAUAAAAUACUUUCUCUGUUUAGAUGUCCGAAUCAAUUAUUUCAUCAUCUUCUGCAUUAAGAAAAGUUUUUAGAUAUUUUAUUUCUAUAUCUGUUUAUGAGUAACGCCAUUUUUCUCUCUGUCAAAAAUCGAUAUGAAAUAUAAUAAAUGCUUUCCAAUUAGA